ACAAUAACCCCCCCAAAAUAAUUAAACCUUAACUAAAAGAAGAGAGAGAGAGAAAAAAAAGAGUAACGAAAUCGACCAAGCGCCAUGGGUAUUCCACAAUGCUUCGCUCACCAAUAUAACAGGUUUCGCUUCAAGGUUCCUGGCAGAGACACGGCAGCAGCGGGGCACGAUGGCACGGCGACAGGAUGCUUCUGGCACGAGGGAGGAGAAGCCGAAAUUUGCGGAAUUAAAUAACCUCAUUUCCGAGAAGCUUGGAGGUCGAAUUCUCUUUGCGACAGAUGACUGGUUUGCUGUGGCUGAAAACCUUUUAAAGGAGAGUGACCCCGAGUGGCGAGAAGCCGAGUUCACAGAAUGUGGGAAAUGGAUGGACGGAUGGGAGACUCGCAGAAAAAGAAUCCCAGGCCAUGAUUGGUGCAUCAUCAGGCUUGGGGUACCGGGUAUCAUCGAGGGAAUCGACGCCGACACGUCAUUCUUCACAGGAAACUUUGUCCCUCGCGUGUCCCUCCAAGGGGGUGUUCUCUCUCCCGAAGAUGAAGCCAAAAUCCCACCAAGAAAAAGCGAGAUUGGAACUCAGGCUUGCGAAGGAGUGAUGGAACAGGUGGCUCAGCUGGACAGUCAGAAUUGGCCAUUCAUCGUCCCGCUGACGGAAGCUCGACCCGGAUACAUGGACACGUGCCACACAUACAUCGAGGCGGCCGUCAAGAGACGCUGGACACACGUACGGCUUAACAUAUACCCUGACGGAGGCAUUGCGAGGCUCAAGGUGUUCGGGAGUGCCACGCCGGAUUGGUCGAAGGUGCCAAAAGGGAAGCUGAUCGACCUGGCUGCGGUUGAGAACGGGGGCGUGUGCCUGGAGUAUAGCGACGCCCAUUACGGUCACCCGCGGAACCUCAUCAGCCCGGGGAGGGGCGUGACCAUGGCCGAUGGGUGGGAGACGGCGAGGAGACUCGAUCGGCCAGCGGUGUUGCAAGCCGACGCCCGCGGGGUGCUCCAGGUGCCGGGGUUCGAGUGGGCGGUGCUGCGCUUGGGUCACCCCGGGGUCGUGUGUCAAGUGGAGAUCGACACCCACCACUUCAAGGGCAACUUCCCCGACUCCUGCAGGAUCGAUGGCUGCCUGCUUCGGGAGGGCGCGGACUCUACCGUGUCCUUGGCCACUGACGAAGGGCUUUGGAGGACUAUUUUGCCCCCGCAGAAGCUAAAGGCUCACGCCCGCCAUUUCUACGCAUCAGAAGUGGAAAAUAUCGGGCCGAUCUCCCACGUGCGGAUCGUCAUGGCGCCGGACGGAGGCAUAAGUCGCGUGAGGCUAAUUGGAACGUUGUUUUCACUGGCGGCCAGACUGUGAAAACUGGGUGAUUCGUUUGGAUUAUGGUUGCAUACAGGAUGGAAAGAAUUUAGUGGUGAUAUGUAUAUAUAUAUAUUUUUUUUUAUAUAUAAUUAUUAUUCUAUAAUAUUCAAUCCGAUGGUUUGUUUAUGAGAUAUGGGAACAUUAUUUUCUACCGGUGGUCAAGCUCUGAAAAAUUGGUGAUUCGACAGGAAUUCUUUUGGUUGUAUUAAAGAGAAAAGUUUUUUUUUUUUUUUUUUUUUUUU